ACUGGCCAGGGUGUUGGUGACACUGUUCGACUCUCGCCAUCUGCUGUAUCAGCUGCUAUGGAACAUGUUCUCAAAAGAGGUGGAGCUGGCUGACUCUAUGCAGACCCUCUUUAGAGGAAACAGCCUAGCCAGCAAGAUUAUGACCUUUUGCUUUAAGGUGUAUGGCGCUGCAUAUCUGCAGAAGCUUCUGGAGCCGCUGUUGAGAGGAAUCAUCACCACGCCAGAGUGGCAGCAAAUCAGUUUUGAAGUAGACCCUACCAGGCUCGACCAACAAGCAGAGAACCUGGAGGAGAACCAGAAGAACCUGCUGCAGAUCACAGACCGCUUCUUCCUGGCCAUCAUCAACUCUUCAAACGAGUUUCCUCCACAGCUGCGCAGUGUGUGCCACUGUCUCUAUCAGGCUACUUGCCACUCCCUUCUGAAUAAAGCCACUGUUAAAGAAAAAAAGGAAAACAAAAAAUCCGUGGUCAGUCAGCGGUUUCCUCAGAACAGUAUCGGUGCAGUAGGAAGUGCCAUGUUCUUGCGCUUCAUUAACCCAGCUAUUGUAUCACCGUAUGAGGCAGGCAUCCUAGACAAGAAACCUCCACCUCGCAUCGAGCGUGGCCUCAAGCUAAUGUCUAAGAUACUCCAGAGCAUUGCUAAUCAUGUCCUUUUCACAAAAGAAGAGCAUAUGCGGCCCUUUAAUGAUUUUGUCAAAAGCAACUUUGAUGCAGCCAGAAAGUUCUUCUUGGAUAUUGCAUCUGAUUCUCCGCCAAGUGAUUCUGUGAACCACAGUCUGUCUUUCAUCAGUGACGGCAAUGUGCUCGCCCUGCACCGUCUGUUAUGGAACAACCAGGAAAGAAUCGGCCAAUACCUGUCCAGCAACAGGGACCACAAGGCAGUGGGUCGCAGACCGUUUGACAAGAUGGCCACCCUCCUGGCGUACCUGGGCCCCCCUGAACAUAAGCCAGUAGCUGACACACACUGGUCCAGCCUCAACCUCACCAGCUCAAAGUUUGAGGAGUUUAUGACAAGGCAUCAAAUCCAUGAGAAGGAGGAAUUUAAAGCUUUAAAGACUCUCAACAUCUUUUACCAAGCUGGCACAUCUAAGAAUGGGAAUCCUGUCUUUUACUACAUUGCACGCAGGUAAGAGCUUUAUUUCUGAGUCAUGCUGCUUCGUUGUGAUACCUGACCUGUUGCUAUUUGUGUUGUAACUUUUGAGCUGGGCAUUCUGUUUUACUCCUCCUGUAUCCGGUUCAUAAUGUUUAUUCUCUUUAAGGUUUGCACAAGUCAUAUUUGGAUUUUUCUCUAAGAAGUUUGCAUAAAUUCACAGAAUAGCAGCAGUGUUUUCAUUAUUAGUUUAUUGAUGUGUCACACUUAGUACGUCAUUAUAUACACCGCUAUGUACGACUCCUUAAUACCUCUUUUAAUAAUAAACACCCAUCCUUAACCAUUCUGCAUUUGUGAGGUAUUUUAGAAAUGUCAGUGAUGUCAACACUUUUUUUUAUAUAUACAAUGAUGCAUAUUAGGGCUGUGCAAUUAAUCGCAUGUGAUU